AUGAGCAGUGAACAGCUGCACGAUUCUCGCGGAAUGCCACAAGCUGGAUUAAUUAUCGAACAUCAGAGCAGUGACCAAAAAUGGAAAGUGUUGCGAAAUAUCUACUCAGGACCAUUUUCUGAUGUGUAUGUCGUUGCAGAUGUGGUAACAAAUGAAAAGUAUGCUAUGAAAUGCGAAAGGCAGGAGGGAAAUACGCGCCCUGUUCUGAAGUUAGACGUUCUUGUUUUAAUGGCGACAAAAGGAUUGAAAGGAUUUCCAAAAUUUGUAGCGGCUGGGAGAACAGAUGUUUAUAGGUACUGUAUAAUGCAACUCGUUGGACCCGAUCUUGGACGCUUGCGUCGCACUCGCCCAGAACGUCGCUUUUCUCUUCCAACAGCUCUUCAAAUUCUCGGACAAACUCUAAGACGUCUUGAAGAUCUUCACAAAUGCGGAUGGUUAUGUCGUGACGUGAAAGCUCCUAAUUUCUGUAUUGGGAUCGGGGAACACGAGUCUACUGUUUACAUUCUUGAUUUUGGAUUUGCUAGAAAGUUUAUAGACAAGGAAGGAAAAAUCAUUCCACCGAGAAGCGCCGCAGCUUUAAUGGGCACCUUUCAGUAUUGUGCUGUUUCUGCUCAUUCUCAUAAGGACCAAUGUGCUCGGGACGAUUUAGAAAGUUGGUUCUAUAUGGCUAUUGAACUGCUCAAAGGGCCUCUACCAUGGGCUAAUAUCGACGGGCAUAAAAACCACAAAUUAAUCGGUGAUGCUAAAAUGGAAAUGCGAACGGAACCAGCGAGAUCUGAAUUUUUCGAGGGAGUACCGAAACAAUUCAAUGAGAUUCUCUCCAUAUUGGAUUCAACAUCAUUUUUUGAUCGCCCCGAUUACAAGCGUCUUAGUGAAUUGCUAAGAGAGGCUGCUGCCGAACAUCAAGUGACUAUGAAAGAACCCUUGGAUUGGCAAAAUAAUGAGCGAAUGCAGCAGAAGGCUAUAUUCGUCGGGGAGCUUGGGGAAUCUCAUCAAGCUUCAGCAAAACUAGAUGCAAAAGAUAAUCCAAACGAGUCUAUGGACAUCGAAUUUGACGAAAUACCGUGA